UAUAAAACCGUGACCGGGGUCACGGCGCGAUACCAACAGGUGAUGCCGAAGAAGGAGGAGGACACUCCCUCGAGCGGCAUCUCGUCGAGCGUUUCCCACGGGUCCCGCCGCCGACGACAACGGUGAUUUAAUAUCGCUCUCACGAGCCUAUCGCUCGCCCUGUACCCUACGGAUUGCCCGACUACCGCCAGGAUCCAUCUAGCCGGACUUCGCUGCCAGGAUAAACACGCGGGGGUAGCAUCCAUUUAGUUCGGGCGGGAUGCGGGAGGAAAGUCGGGCGAGAAACGUCGACGAGAUACGCGGCGAAAGUUUCGAUCGGUCGAUGAUUUAGUGGGCAGGCUGUUGGUAUAGUGCUUCCCCGACUACGAUUCUUCCGACGCAGCUUCCUUCCCGCGCGCGCCUGUUCUAUCCGCGAGAGCACCGACGUAUACUCGGGUCGGGAUGUAGUUACGCGGUUGACACGAGCGCGGGAUCGACGUGCGGGACGUGCGAUGAUCGAGUGUUCCCUUCCACGCGCUGGAUUCUGACAAGCGAUUCGUAUUGUACGUCCCGGUUUCCCGCACGGAGGAGUGACUUAAUAGCGCCGCGUGAAACUUUAGUGCGAAACAUUAGAGCGAGACGUGUAGGUGGCACGUUAAUUUCAAUGGAGCUUUGAUUCGCGUAUCUGACUCACCGGCGAGGAGAAAAGUCAAAGGUGGACGAUCAUAAUUAUCUUGAUUCCCCGAGCGCGAAACGCGAAAUACGAGAGGGACGAAAUGCUGUGACAACGGGGAAAAAGAACGAAAGAGGAAAGAUAGAAUCUGGGAUCGUAUGUUUCUGAGGCCUAAGGAUCUGGAAAACGUGAGGGAUGCCACAAGGAAGCAUUCAAUGGCAGGGGACGCAGAGAAGAGCCUGCGGGCCUGGGGCUAAUUGGAACGUGCAGGUGGUGAGAGGCAAGGUGACAACGCGGUGCUUGUGGCACGCCUGCAAAGCUCUCGGAAUUGGGCUGCUGCUAAUGCUUUUAGGAGCUUGCAUGGCGACCAUAGGAUAUUACGCGGACCAGCUGUCGGUGGCGCAAGAGAUCAGAGGUAAUAUCACGGUAAAGGUGAAGAACGAGUCGCGCGGAUUUCACCUGAAUAAUCUGAGCUACGCCGGCCCUGUCGUUAUGGGUCUGGGAGGCUUCAUUGUGGUAGCUGCCUGCGUGAUGACUUUCGAAGCGCGUGACAGCGCGGCCAAGGUGGUGCCAGCUCGCUAUCGCUUCAACCAGGCAUCAACGCUGAGGAGUUCGAAAAGUCAGCGCAACAGAAGAUCGACAUCGAGCCAGACAACAAAAUGGGACCAUCAGCUGGGCCUGUUUAGGGUGAACCGCAGCCCGAGUCCCAGUACGCACGAAGUCUCGAGGAAACAGCUGACGGCGGAGUUUAUGCAGUUCUCAAAGGAUCUGCGAGAAAAAGGCGUAGCGCACUCCAUAAAGAAAAGCCCGAGCGCACCAACGUUAGUCGACAAAAAGUCGCCGCGCCGAAGAUCGCCUAAAUACGCGGGUUGCUCGCUACUUAAUCCAGAAUUGCUGCAGAGACACGCUCUUUCAGUCGACAAUCCGAGCUACAGCCCGCAUCAGAUCAGCAGAGAAAGCCUGGAGCAUCAAAAGAUGAGUGGUAGUCAAGCUUCAAUGGCGAUGGAUUUACAUAUACCGAACAAAGGUCCCAUUACGCUCAAAGUGAAGGACCGAUCCGACACAGCGAGACGACAUCAGCUGCUUCGUCAAACAAAAGUGGAAGACGUUGAGGAAGUCGAUGAAGCUACGCGACCACCGCCGACUCUCGUGCACUCGCCUAAAUUGCCAGGUGCUUAUUGUAGAUAUCCAGACGACUUCGUGCCAAGAAAAAGAAAUUCAAUAGAUCUGAGACUGUUGGAAGAGUUGACGGUGGUAUCGAAAGAAUUCAGUAAGGCCUCGCCACGGGACUUCCGCAAAGUCUCCUCGCCAAACUUCCGUAAAAUGUCCUUCGACAGAAUCGGCGGCGAUCGUCGCUUCGACAGAACGAUGGGACAUCGAAAAGCUAGCCUCGAGUUCCGAAGAAGUCCGGAUUUCCGAAGGGGAGACUACAGGAAGCUAUCAAUAGAUAGAUUCAGCGUCGAUUGUACCCGGUGCAUGUUUGACGACGCAGAGAUAAAGUUCCGAGCGAACAGCGGGGAGAAUCUGCGAAGGCAACCGCGUCAUCCUAAGCUACAUCAUUCUAGAUCGGACGACAACAGACGGCGAUCCUUCGACAGGCACCCGAAGGAUCCUCAGUCGAGUCGGCACUCCCUGAAUACUCAGGUCGUUAUGGAGGGCUGCGGAUCUGAUUGCGAGCCAAAAUACUUUACGACGGUGUCCCUCGACGCCGAGGAGAGCCGCGGCGACAAUUCUGACGAGAGUCACGUACUGGAUAUCGAGGAGGCGAAUCCUAGCGCUUUGUCAUCCGAGGGGCCUACGGAGGACGAUAUGCUGCUCGAGGAACCGGAAUUGGAGAACGUCACGGAGAUUGACGUGGAAAGCUCGGGGGAUGAUCUCGAUGACGAUGGGAAAUGCGAGUCGUACAGAUCGAGCGAGAGGACCGAUACGACGGUGCAAGGACAAAAUCCCAUAAUUAUCGCCGACGACAUGGACUCGCGGACGAUAGCUGAGGAAGCGGCGCACAAUUCGGGGCAGAUCGAGCACAAUGAGAAAUAUGAAACGACUUUGUACAUAGAAGAUGACGAGGUAUGAAGAGCGAAAGAGAUUUUUGAGGAUUAACAAUGUAUUCAGGCCAUCCUGGGGAAAAUAACGACGACGUUUGCGAAGUAAGAGAAUCGUGUUCAACAUUGCUGGCAAUGUCCCUUCGCAAAUGUGAGAAGAUCACGCAAGGAUUCGACGAUGCGACUGUCGAUCGAUCGCGAUUGUCACGUCGGGUGCGACUUUACGUCGUGAAACAUGCUCAACGAAAAAAAAAAACAAGAUCACGUACGAAUUGCGUUUUGUAACGAGACAAUCAUUUUUUUAUCGGCAAACACUCGCUUUGCCUUUCGCGCAAAGGUAACGAGGAAUUGUAACGUUUGCCAUAUUGAUGACAAAUAAUUGUUACCAACAAAUUUUGACGUAGCGCAAUAGACGAUAAUAGACCUAACGUAAGGUAUAAGAUUCGUUGAAAUGCAAAACGUGAUUAACCAUACUAAAGAGAGUUUUGUACUUGUAACGGGAAAUACAACGUUCACCUGUAAAUACGUUUCAGAUUAACUCGUUCGAGCGUUUGUUGUGUCAAAUCUCUGACGAUAAAGUCAGAGGGAUAUAUGUAGCGCGAUUCAAAAUGAAUCUUGUACGGUAUAUAGAAAACGGUGUUAUUAGAAUACGAAGUGUCUCAGACGACGCGCUUGUUCUCAGCUCUUAAUAUUGCAAUAAAAGAAUAAUGUACAUAUUUAUUUGACGAAACAAAAAUUAUUUUUCAUUUCAAUGAUAAUUUAAAUUUGUUGCUUUAACGAAAUGUACAAAUAAGAAAUGCGUAAAUAAGAAAACGUUAUCUUUUAUACGAAAUUUCAAGUAUACUUCAUUUUAUUAUUAAUAUAUGGAAUUUUUAUUUAUUGCACCAAGGUAUUCACGCAGCUAGUUAUAAAGUACGCAGUCAAAUAUGCGGUAAGCGGUAAGCCCUAUAUAUAAUAUGUACCGUUCAUAAAUAUUUGCGAAAAUUGGCGACGAAGGAGGAUCUAUGAGAAAUAUGUUAGCCGUAAUUAUAUUUAUAUAACAUACAUACGUUACUCUUUACAGGAUUCAUGCAUUUAUAUGGCACAAUUUUCUCGUAUACGAAAGCAGAACGCUAUAAUCUCUUCGACGUGAAUACAUUUAAGAACCGAUACAAAAGAGAUAUUUUAAAAAAGGAUACGAGCCAAUAAAUUACGCUAGAUAACAGAAUGUAUAAUUGCAUUAUGUGAUUCCACCUUUAGACUUGUUAUUUAUUCUACAUUUUUAGUUUCUCGAGUACAUUUAUUUUUUAUAUUUCCGUUAUAUGUGCAUUAUUCAUUAUUCAUAUGCUUUGAAAACAUUGAUUCGUAUCCUUUUUAAAGAUUUGAUCGAUUUUGAUGUAGUUUCCUAGUAAUAAGAAAGAUUCCAUGACUUUCACAUGAGAUCCAUAAAAAAUUUGAGGAAAAUUUUGAUAUUAAUUCAUCAGUUACAGUGAAUUUAAUUGUUAAAUUGUCCAACAUUAUCUACAUUUUCCAGAAUUAUCACAUAUGAUUAAUUCUUCGAUUAAAAAAUUCCUUUGUAUUUUAAUAAAGCAAAGUAAGGAUUAAUUAACUUUAAAAAACACGUAAGAUAUUUUCGAUUGUCUUUAAUUCGAAUAUUUUUAAUAGCGGUCCUUGCGUAUUUAUUGCAUAGUAUCUUUUUUUUAAAUAUGUCUUUUUGUUGUAUAUAUUGAACGAACAAUUUUAACGCAAGUAGGUACAGCUGGAUUGCUGUGCUUGCGUUCGUACGCGCCACGCGGCAUUAAACGUGAUAUAUUCGCUUCUACAUACCUUAUAUGCCUCUUCAUCAUUCGUUACGUUCAUCAUUCUUCUUUCCAAUAUUUGUCUGAAACAAAGAUAUUAGACAAAAUUAUUUUUCUAAACAACGUUUUACUUAUCUGUUUACUUAAUUCGUUCUCACUCUGACAUAAUUUUCGCUAAAAAAUUCGCUUAAAGAUUAAAAAUGGUAACGAAUGGAUUAAUAUGAAUCUUAUCUGGUGUUAGUGCCAUCGAAAGUAUCUUUAAGACUCUUCUUCAAACCAACCACGAAACAUAUAUAUGGGAACUGAAUAUUUAUAUAGAUCUCAGAUCUUUUCCGAUCUGUUGUUAACGCAUUUGCCGUUCGUGCACGCGAAACUGCGGCCUAUUCCGUACUUCUCCGUUAAACAUUUAAGCGAUGACAAAUCAUAGAAGAAUUCGAAAUCAUAGAAACACGUCGAACACACGAAUCUCUCGAUACACUCGUGCGGAUUGCCCGCAAUGAAAAGAAAAAUCAUCACAUUUCUAAGGAAAGAUCUCAUUCAAUAGUGUGCAGUCUAAUAGCGUCAGAGUAACAGAGUUGUAACCAAGUAACGGCCCACAAUCGCGCGUGUAAUAUAUUUUUAUAUCCCGCAACAAGUUCGCACAACAUUAAUUAUACAUGUAUAUUAACGAUUAAUCUCCCUAUCGAGAAAAGCGAGAUUGUUUUUAUUUUGGAAAACGUCUAGUGGUCGAUUGUCGACAAACUUUUCCACCUUCCACCUUUCAGCUCACUCUCUCAUUCUCAUUCAAUAAAAUAUCUUCGUGUCAUAUCAAAUAAUUACGCAACCGCGAUUUCGACAAAUUCGUGUUAAAAUUUUCACUUUUUCACCCCCCCUAAUUCGCGUCGCAAAUAGAUUUGCGAAAAAUGUACUGCAUUUUGAGAAACAUAUGUUGUAUUUUAUAGUAAUAGUUAUCUAAUUCGUUUCAAAAUCGACAGAAUAAUCGAGAUUUUAGUCCUGAUCGAUUUACCUUUGUCGAGAAAACAAAACAUACUGCCCAAUUUUUAUUUUGUCAAAUUUCUCUGAGAAUUAAUAUUUCUAAGGAAUUAUUUAGAAAAAAUUCUAUUAUUUGUUGCGGAUGUGAUAAAUUUCCGAAGCAAAAGUUUGCAGAAUAAAAAUCCACAAAUUACGCGAACAGAGAAAUCGCAAUUUAAUCCCAAAUUUUUCGGGACUUUACAAAAAAUUUCAUAAAUAACUAAUUACAAUAAUAACGUAAUAAAAGCGUACGCGAUGCUAAAGUGAUCGAGAUUGUUUAUUCAGAUAAAAUCAUUAAACAAUAGAAAAACUAUAGGAUAACAUUGAAACGAUGUUCUGAUCAGCGUAAAUAAAUAAAGAAUCGAUGAGAACGCAAAAAAGUCCUAAAAAUAAAAAUUAGAAAAAUUGCUCUCGCGAGCGCUUUCGAUUGUAAGUAAUUCACGUCAGAGAAUUGAAAAAUUAAUAGUGGAAUUAUUUGUUGCAAUGUUUUAAUAUUUAAAACUGAGUCUUGAUGGUUAAAUUCUAAAUCAAAAUUUUGAAGAAAUAAAAUUCAUUUAAGUUUAAAUAAACGAUAAACUUCAUUCAUGAAAAGACGUCACUUUCGAGGGUAUAUAAUUUGAAAAUGGUGCCUCCAUAUCUCAAAUCAUAAAAGUGUACCUUCAAAUUGGUCAAGAAAUAUCCAUUAUUGUGAAAUUGAUGUCGGAGAUUCUAGGAAACGCUAUACAUAUUAAAGAUCGCUUAGAUAUGAUUAAUAGUUGAGUGUUACUGAUUAAAAUACGAUCGAUCUUUGUACAGAAUCUCAUUCAUUUGUUUUCAAACGUAGAAAGCAGUACCGAAAAAGGUAGUAUAAUAAAAAAAAAUGCAAUCACAUGCAAUAUAUUGUUGAUAUGUAAAUUAACGAUUUGAUAUCGAUAGGUAUCAUAAUAAUAGCGCGCCUCUUAAAGUCGUCUGGUAUUUUUCUACCAGGAAAUGUGUAAGUUUAGUGUAUCGGGUGAUGUAUGAAACCGAGGUGCGUCGAUUGUCUUUCAUAAUUUUCUAACCCCUCGUUGAAACGGCUUACAUGUUUGCAAAACCGCGAUUUUAAUACAUAGUAAAAUUAAGUUAUAUCUAUAGUUAACACUCUGUAGCGGAUACGAAUGUAUGUAAUGAGCAUGUACAUAACUCAUAUUUAACGGAGUAAACAUAAUCGAACUGUGAUCGAGGUAUAACUUAAUGAGAGACACUACUGGAUAACGUUUCUUGCAAAUGUGCGAUGCUGCUUCGAUCCGAUAAAAUAUCUCAAAUCGAAGAAACGAACAAGCGCAAGCGAUUGAAAUAAGAAUCAUCAAAAUUAUUAAACGCGCGAGAGAUAUUCUUAAAGCAGAUAAUGCAUAUCUUUUAUUCGCGCACCGCAAUGGAUAAAAGUUAAAGUAAAGAAUAACUUCGUUGAUAAGUCUCAUAACCUGAGACACGUACGGUAAUGUAUUAACUGCAUUAUAUAUAAAUCUAUAUACGUAAUUUAAGAGAAAAGAUGAUUAUUUACGAUAUUUUGAUAAAGAUUUUCGUAUAAGAGCGAAAAAUCCGUUCAUUUCAGCUCUCACGUUAAUAACUUUUAAAUUAUUUAAUUCGUAUUAAAUCGAUAUGCGCCUUGAUGAAAAACCUAGACUGUUCGAACAAUUUCUCGCGACAAUCAAACGCUAAAAAUACUUUAAUUCUUACGAGAAUUUCAACGAUAUCGUUCGCGACACAGCGAGAUAUCUUUCUACAGUUCAGAAUUUUCACCGGUUCUAGUUUUGGUACAAUUAAUGCGCUAAGACGCGGAUAAGCAUCGGUGUAAAAUUUUUAAGUCAAUGUAACCCUUGCAUGCUAAUUGUUGUAACAUAUCAAUAAAAAAGGCAAUCCAAAAUUAA